GAAAGUCCUGCAGUCAUCCUCCUUUGAGUACUUCGUACCUCAAUACUAUAAGUUCAACGAAAACAGAUGUAAAUCGAUUAACGUGAGCUCCGAUAGGAACCAAUUUCAAAAUGUUGAAGUAUUAUUAUGAUUUGAUGUCACAACCGUGCAGAGCAAUAUAUAUAUUUCUUAAUAAAACCAAAAUUCCUUAUGAGAAAUGUAAAGUAGAUCUAAAAUCAGGUGAGCACCUCAGAGGUGAUUUCAAAGAUAUUCAUCCAUUCAAUCUUGUUCCUGCCAUCAAUGAUUCUGGAUUUAAGCUCAUUGAAAGUGUUGCCAUCCUGCGGUACUUGUGUCGCAAGUACCCCGAAUACAUAGAUGACCACUGGUAUCCUCAAGAUGUUGCAAAGCAGGCAUUGGUUGACCAAUACAUGGAAUGGCAACACUCAAAUAUUCGCUUCCAUGGCUCCUUGUUCUUCAGACACAAGAUUCUCAUCCCCAUGAUGACUGGAGAUCCUCCACGGGAAUCCAGUGUGGAGAGGUACAGAACGGGCUUGGAAUCUGUCCUGAAGCAAUUCGAGGACUAUUGGCUCAAGGACUCUAAGUUUGUGGCGGGCCAGGAGAUCUCCAUAGCCGAUAUCCUGGCCGUGUGUGAGCUCUACCAGCCUGCCCUUGCGGGAUACAACGUCUUCACAGACCAUCCUCGUCUGUCAGCGUGGCAUGAGCUCGUCAAGUCGGAGCUCAACCCUGAAUUUGACGAAGCCAAUGUCAUAUUCAACAAGCUGAGAGCCAUGCAAGACCUUCCUAAGCUGUAGAGGCGAGUCAUUCUUCGAGAUUCUAUGUUAAUGGCUGCCUAGAGAGUCUUUGUUUUUAUUAUAAUAAGCAGCAGAUUGUUAAUCUUCGCCAAAAUCUGUAUUAAACUAUAAUACUGUUGUAGUUCAUUAACUUGUUGAAUGCUGGCUAAUUGGCAUGGUAUUGUUUCAAACGUUGUACUUCGCUGUAAUAAGCUGUGAUUUUCACUUUUAUGGAAGUUGUUAUUAUUGUUAUGAGAAAUAAUAAAUCGGACUUUAUUUUUAUAUA